AUGUUGCGAUCCCGACUAAUUCUCGUGCACCUGCUCGUGCAAGCCAGCAAUCGAGCAGGCCGAGGGACAAGGGGAAGAAGUCCGCCAAAGCAUGUAGUGUCGGUUGGCAAUCUAGCCAGACUUCUGAAUAUACGACUAGAUCCCUUACGUCGGAAGAUGAUCAAAGUCGGCAUGGACGCCGAAGCAUCCCAUGAUCAUUUACUUACUGCAGAGUAUGCGUCUCUUUUGGCCCUCGAGUUCAACCGAAAUCCAGUGGUCAAUGAUGAGGCGGCUUUCGACAUUUUUCCUCCUCCCGCACAUUCAGAUUCCUCUACUCUUCCUCUCCGGCCCCCUGUGGUCACAAUCAUGGGGCAUGUCGAUCAUGGUAAGACGACUUUGCUAGACACACUGCGAUCGACCUCCGUUGCAAAAGGAGAAGCCGGUGGUAUCACUCAACACAUCGGUGCCUUCUCUGUACCUGUUCAGACUAAUGGGAGCGAUGGUAGCCAACCGACGAUUACUUUCUUGGACACCCCAGGCCAUGCAGCCUUCUCCGCUAUGCGCGCACGGGGUGCCGGCGUGACUGACAUCGUUGUACUCGUCGUGGCGGCUGACGAUGGCAUCAUGCCGCAGACACGCGAGGUCAUCGAGCUUGUGCAGAAAGAGAAGGUGGGCCUGGUGGUUGCGAUCAACAAGAUCGACAAGCCUGGAGUGGAUGUUAGCAAAGUUGAGCACGCUCUCCUCGCCGAAGGCGUACAGCUGGAGACCUUUGGCGGGGAUAUACCCGUCGUCCACGUCUCGGGGAUGACUGGCCAAGGCCUUGAGCAGCUUAUAGAGACCAUUUCUGCUGUGGCGGAGAUGCAGGACUUGCGUGCAGAACGUGAGGGUAAGAUUCAAGGAUACGUCCUCGAAUCAAGGGUUCAAAAAGGCCUUGGGGCCGUCGCGACUGUCCUAAUCCUUCGCGGGUGCCUCAAGUCGUCCGACCACAUCAUCUCUGGCAUGAGUCAUGCCAAGGUGCGUGUGCUCGCCGACUCGAAUGGCAAGACGGUCAAAGCUGCGUAUCCUGGCAUGGCAGUAACCGUCUCGGGUUGGAAGGAGCUGCCAAAAGCAGGCGAUGAAGUACUCCAGGGCACAGAGUCGGAGGUCAAGAAGGCGCUCGCGAAUCGCACCCGCAAAGCGGAGAUGGAGGCCACACUCGGAGACAUGGACGCCCUCAACCAGCAGCGUCGCAAUGAGCGGGAGCUGCGGGAAAAGGAGGCGGAUGCAGCCGCGGCGGACGAAGAGUUGGAAGAGACCAGCGACAAGUCAGAGCCUGACAUCAAGGAGCUUAAACUUGUGAUCAAGGCCGAUGUCAGCGGGACCGUCGAAGCUGUCGCCGGCGCUCUUCAGGGUAUUGGCAAUAACCUCGCCAGGGUUAGGAUCGUGGCCACCGGUGUCGGCGAUGUCACUGAGUCGGAUGUUAUGAGGGCGAAAGCAAUAGGAGGAAUGGUUGUUGGAUUCUCUGUGGUCAUACCUCGUCCCGUUCAGACAACUGCCGCAUCUCAACAGGUCACCCUGCUGAGCUCGUCUAUUAUCUACCGUUUGAUGGAUGAAGUCAAGGAACGUGUUAUCGAUCUUCUCCCUCCCGUUAUUGAAAAGCGGGUCUCAGGGGAGGCCACCGUCCUUCAACUGUUCGACAUUCACCUCAAGGGCAAGCAGACGAAGAAGGUUGCUGGCUGCCGUGUCACUAACGGUGUGGUUGACAAGAACAAGCUCGCUCGUGUGGUUCGUGACGGUACUACCAUUCACGAAGGACGCCUCGAGACUCUCAAGCAACUAAAGAAAGACGUCACGGAGGUGUCCAAGGGCGUUGAGUGUGGUAUGGGCUUCGAGCACUUCCAGGGUCUCCGCGAAGGCGACAUGAUACAGAUAUACCAGGAAGUAGAAUCGCGAGCCAGCUUGUGA